CAGAGGUCAGCAGCCAUUUUAUUCUGAGUUGUGGCAGCCUGUUCAGGGAGCACAGACAGAGUCUGCGUGGGAGAGUGACCAGCUCCUUUCACAUAGGCCACCGAGUAGCCAAAAGAGGAUAAAAACUUGUGGUCACCAGUGGCCGGCUCUGGAUUUAAAUCAGUGACCCAAGCUGAAGAACUCCGCCAAUCACCGGAGCCAUGUAGUUGUUCGAAAAUGACUGUGUUAUGCCCCAAGUUGUAUUUUCACCUUGGCUUCGGAUUUACUGUACAUUGGACAUAGUUAUAUUCCAUCUCUUUUGAACUGUGAAUGAAUAUCGUACCAUGCGUACUUUGUAGGCUUCUUGUAGAAGUUCAGCUGCUGCUGAUUUAGAAUUUCUGAGGCUCCAUCAGAAAAACUAAAAAAAGAGGAAAAAAAGAAAACCCCAAACAUCAAUACCAAGAAUAUGAAACCAAAUCUCUAAAGCUUCCUGGUUGUGAAGCAAAAGAAAGAGCGUGUGUUUCAGCCACACUGCCAGCAGGUGGACUCUGAAAGAUCUUAUAGACCUCGCACUUCCUGUGGAGGCAGCCAGAAGAACAAAGCCAGUGGAGGUGUCUUUUCUCCUCACUAUCCCACUAUCUGUUAAUUUGCGGCCUCCAGCCCCCCCAGUGCAAUCCGGGGGGAGCAAGAUGAAGUGGAAGGGGAUUGUUAUCUCUGCUGUCCUGCAGGCACAGCUCCCAAUUACAGAUGCUGCACCGGUUCCGGGACUGACAGACCCGAGACUGUGCUACAUACUGGAUGGAAUCCUCUUCAUCUAUGCAGUCAUAAUUACGGCCCUCUUUUUGAAAGCUAAGUUCAGCAACGCCCCUGAACCCCCGGCUCUUCAGGGCCAGAAUGAUGUGUAUAAUAAAUUGUCUCGUACAACCAGAGAUGAAUAUGAUGUUCUGGGAACUAAAAAGAGAGGCUCUGACCUUGAAAUGGGAGGGAGAAAUCAGCAGAGAAGAAAGAAGUCAUCUCAGGACACAGUUUAUACUUCUUUGCAGAAGGACAAGAUGGGCGAGGCAUACAGCGAAAUUGGGAAGAAGGGAGAGCACCAGAGGCGGCGAGGCAAAGGGAAUGAUGCUGUCUACCAGGGACUCAGCUCUGCAACCAAGGACACAUAUGAUGCCCUCCAGAUGCAGCCAUUGCCCCCUCACUAAGUGGCAUUCAUGCAAUGGAUGGGCAAGACUGAGAAGUCCAGAUGCUUUGGGCGAGGAGAGAAGGGAAACAAUCAUCAAUCCAAAAAAGGCCAAUCAGUCAACACCCAUUUUUUCAGGACUGCAAAUUACACAUGCGUGGUUCAUUGCACCAAGUAGGACAAAUCUGGAUUUAGUUCCCCUCCUCCCUUCCCCCCUUCAAAACUAUACAAUCUCAAGCUUUAGCUUCUAAAUGUACAUAUCUGUAAAACUAUUCCUAAUGAUAAUGGCUGUUUCAUACCAGCAAGUGUUGGGCAGGAGAUUAGGAUGUUGGAUUCUCUUCUUCCUCCUCCUCCUCACUGAGCCAGUUUUUCUAGCUAUUUAAAACAACCCCAAAACUACGCCCCAUCUACCCACCUCACAGGUGGUUGACGUUUAAUUAUGGCUAAAGCACUUCUAAGGUCCUCAAAAGGAAGGUGCUAUAGCUACACCCAGUAUUACCUACAGGAAGGCUAAUCUGCAUCAGCAUAACUAUGGCAGUCUAGCGCCAAUAUUUUACUGCUAUAAAUUUAGCUUUAGUUCUAAGUUGGUUUUAGCUGUGGAGAGCUGUUCUUACUGUAAAUGAUGACACGUUCCUGGAGUGAAAGACAAAUGCGAAAAGCAGGCUCUACCGUGACAGUGUGAGGAGGAUUCAGUGCUAGGCUGCAACAAGCAAUCAAGAAAAUAACAUUCCCGUGUGACCAGCUCUUGCAGCACAUGGACAGCAGCCAGAAAUGCUAAUGGAAAUAUAUGAAAGCUGGGACACCUUUACCAGCCAGGUUCCAUGGUGAAAACAGGAGUGGUGCAGCACAUAAAUUAUGCUUGAGAACACUGGGAAAGUUGGAAUUUAAUUAAAGGGAAGUUUUUUAAUCAACAAUCCAAAACUUGAGCUCUCUCUUCCCUCACUAUUGCUCAAGCCACACAAUUUUUAAGGGAUAUUCCUUCCCCACUUAAAAUACAGCACCAAAGUAUGUUCCUGUUAUAUAAAACAAUGCCAGCAAGUGAUGAGUAUUUUGCUGAGGAAAAUGUACAAAAGCCGAAAGAAAUGUAAGAAUUUUUAAAUACCUUGUAGGAUAAUUUUAAAGAUGAGGAGUACAGAUUCAACGCAAAGGUGAUGGUGGCUCAGCAAUUCAGAUGGUUUUUGAUGAGGUAAUAAAAUGGAUGGGAAAGCCA